AAUAGCAGUCUACUCGUUCAAUGCUCUUCACAAUUAUCUUCCUCUUAACUCUUUCAAAUUAUUCCCCUUUGCUUCAGACAAAUUAUAGCAAUGGCUGGGAAACUGAGCAUUGUCUUGUUUGUUCUUUUGGUAGUUUUUUUGGCCCAAAAUCAGGUUUCGAGGGCCAAACUAGUGCUUGAUCCGAAGCUGCAAACCCAGAGAAAUAACCAAAUGUAUGGUGUUAGUCAGGGAAGCCUCCGUCCUCAAGAUUGUCUACCGAAAUGCACAUAUCGCUGCUCACGGACUUCAUUCAAGAAGCCAUGCAUGUUUUUCUGCCAGAAAUGUUGUUCCAAGUGUCUGUGUGUGCCCCCUGGUACCUAUGGCAACAAACAAACCUGCCCUUGCUACAAUAACUGGAAAACCAAGGAAGGUGGCCCCAAGUGCCCCUGAUUUAACAGGAAUUCGUUUCACUAUAAUCUAUAUAUCCAUCUAUAUAUUGUGUGACAGACACCCAACUUCUGUCAGUUUCAUCUAGCACUUGGUUCAGGUGGUCUGUGUUAGCUAGUAAAUGAUCAAAUUAAGCACCAAUAUAACCACUUUUUGGCAAAGCCAGGAAGAUUAGUUAUAAUGCAAUGACAGUAACUAUGUGCUAGCAAUUGCUACUAGAAAUCUGUAUUCUCGUCAUACUCCGUGCUUGUAUGCAGCCUAUAAACGAGCUGUGUUUAUAAGAAGUUUUAAUGUAAUUUGACGACAGUUUCUUAGUAUUAUUUUUCUACCUUUCUGCUUAAGAACCUGUAUUUUAAGAUAUGUAAUCCACGUUGUAUUUGGUGUUUCUUA